AUGUCUGCCUCCAUUGUAAUUUUUGUCGUUGUGUUUAUGCUGUGUCUUUUGCACACUUUCACAACGUUCUUUGUGAGAUUGAUAUUGGCGUGGUUGGAGAAAGAAAACAGUGAGCACUAUACCAAAUUACAGAAUUUAAAAGAACUACAGAGAGAAUUAAGUAAAAUCAAUGCUAAAAAUGAGUUUGCUAAAUAUGCCAGGACUCAGAGGAAAAUGAACAAAUUAACAGAAGACCUAGCAGAUUUUAACAGGUCUAGAUCAGCCACAUCUAUGAAAUACAGAUGGUGUUUCACUGGUAUGUUGUACUGUAUACAAGCACUAAUUUACAUAUACCUUAUAUGGACAUAUUACAAAACACCUAUAAUAAAACUGGAUCCUGAUUGGCUGUAUCCCUUGGCAACAUUUAUAGCCAUUCCUACUGGUAUACAUGGUGCUGUUGGUAUCACUUGUUGGCUUCUGAUUUGCAACAAAGUAUCCAAGUUAUUUAUAGAGUCAGUCAGAUAAAAAAAAUUUUCCUACAUUUUGAAUUUAUUUAGAAGCAUAGUGGUAAUCUACCAUCCGAGUGCGGUACAUUUUUAUACAUUGCAUGUGUAAUAACCAUAUCCAUUAUACAAACAUAUGGUAUUGCUUCCGAG